CGCCGCGGCGCCGCUGCCGCCAGCUCGCGGGCGGCGGGGCCGCCGCGCAGGGGGUAGAGGGCCUCUGCCACGUGGUGAUGCAGCUGCACGGGAGGCUCCGCGCAGAGGCGCGGCGCGCGGAGGAGCUGGAGGCGCAGCGGCUGCUGCUGCUGGGGCGGCUCGAGGGCGCGGCGCGCGCGGCGCACGGCGCCCGGGGCCCCGAGGGGCCGCCGACCCAGUACGAGCUGUUCGUGUUGGAGCGGCCAGCCCUGCUUGACAUGAGGCACCUGGCCGCGCUGGAGGCGGCCGCGCACGCCGCCGAGGAGCGCCGCCGCGAGGAGCUGUUCUGGCAGUGGAUGGCCGACGUGCUCCGCGCGGCCGAGCCCGCGCCGGGGCCGGCCGGGGCUGCCGCGGGGGCUCGGGGAUCUCUCCCCGGCGGCUGCGACACAGAGAUCGAUGGCGCGGGCUUGCAGGAGAGUUCCAGGAGUCGCUGGGGCCGCUGCAGCGUGCUCUCGAGGCCGGCUUCCUUGGCGGCGACCCCGAUUGGAGCUGGCUGCAGGACGAUCAGUACGAGGCGGCCCGCAGCGCGGACGCGAGCUUCCAGGACAUGGACGACUUCCUGGCCUUCCUCCGGCGGCACUGGGAGGGCCGCAAGCAGCGCCUGCCCCCAGAGGCCCAGCGGUCCCUGAAGGGCCGGCUCCGCGCGGCCGGCGCCGCGCUCGACGGCGCGCUGCCCUCGCCCUGGCUGGCGGACGCCUGGCGCGCCGCCGCGGCGC